AUGGCCAUUUCAGCAACCCGUCGCAGGACAAUCGCAGCCGUCUCAUCCAAACCUCUAGAGGACGCAGAAAGCUCAGUAGCCCGAGGGACGCGGUACGAGCAUCUGUGCGGUGCGGUACUGCGCGAGGUGUUUGGCAUGCAGCUGGAAAGGACGGGCGGAGCAGGCGAUCGCGGCAUCGACUUGCGCGGAUGGUGGCAGCCUCCACCGGUAUCCUCGACGGAAGCAGCGACAACACGCGAUAGGCGUAUACGCAUCGUGGCGCAAUGCAAGUGUCAGGACGAAGGCGGCAAGAAGAUGGGUCCUGUGCUGAUUCGCGAGAUGGAAGGCGUCGUGUUUCGGGCUUCCUCGCCUUUGCCCUCACCAGCAGGGGGUCCAAAGGGGAACACCCAAGAAGCUUCUGGUGACGACGACGUCCCACUGGCAGGCAUCAUUUUGUCGUCUUCCGGGUUCAGCAAGCAAGCGUUGCUCCAAGUGCGAUCGAGCAGCGUGCCCCUCGCAGCUAUCCAUGUCCUUGCUUUGCCGCAAGCAUCCUCUACGAGCUCAGAAGAUGUCGACGCGGCAGCGCUGGUGGAACGAUGCAUCUCGAUCGUCUGGAAUGACCGCUUUGGCUCGGCGACACACGGGCUGCUGGACGGUGGGAUGGAAGUAAGAUGGGUCAGGUCGCUCUCACCGCGUAAAGCAGCGGAGGAAUUGCUCGGGAGACCUGUCAUCUAUCGUGCCGGCAAACCGCUCAAGAAGUGA